CUGCGAGCUCCCUCAUUACAUCAUCUUCGGACCGUAGCCGCCGUGCAGGACUGGGCGCGGCGCGAUCCAGUCACCCCGGGGCUCCAGCCCGCUCUCCCGCGUCUCUCCUGGCCCUCCCCGCACCUGCUCCAGGGCCAAGACCGGGAGAGCCCCGCGGGCUAGCUCCCAGAACCCGCUAGGCACAGCUUGCGGACCUCGGCAGCUCCGCCUGAUCCAUUCAUUGAGAGCCGCGUAUUUUCCCGGAGCCCCAGUCCCCCGCCUCCUCCAGCUCGGAGCCGCGGGUAGCGCCAUGGAGAAGAGCAGCGAGACCAACGGCUACCUAGACAGCGCCCAGGCGGGGCCUGCAGCGGGGCCUGGCGCGCGGGGGAGCACGGCCGGACGCGCGCGGCGCUGCGCUGGCUUCCUACGGCGCCACGCGCUGGUGCUGCUCACAGUGUCCGGAGUGGUGGCGGGCGCCGGCCUGGGCGCGGCGCUGCGCGGGCUCAAGCUGAACCGCACACAGGUCACCUACCUGGCCUUUCCUGGAGAGAUGCUGCUCCGCAUGCUGCGCAUGAUCAUCCUGCCGCUGGUGGUCUGCAGCCUGGUAUCGGGCGCCGCCUCCCUUGAUGCCAGCUCUCUCGGGCGCCUGGGCGGCAUCGCCAUAGCCUACUUCGGCCUCACCACACUAGGCGCCUCGGCUCUCGCAGUCGCUUUGGCGUUCAUCAUCAAGCCUGGAUCUGGCGCGCAGACCCUUCAGUCCAGCGACCUGGGUCUGGAGGAGACGGUGCCCCCACCGGUCCCCAAAGAGACAGUGGACUCAUUCCUCGACCUGGCCAGAAACCUGUUUCCCUCAAAUCUUGUGGUUGCAGCUUUCCGUACGUAUGCAACCGACUAUAGAGAGGUGACCCACAACACAAGCACUGGAAACAUAACCCGUGAAAAGAUCCCCAUUGGCACUGAAAUUGAAGGUAUGAACAUUUUAGGAUUGGUCCUUUUUGCCCUGGUGUUAGGAGUGGCCCUGAAGAAACUCGGCUCUGAAGGAGAAGAGCUCAUUCGUUUUUUCAAUGCCCUCAAUGAGGCGACGAUGGUGCUGGUGUCAUGGAUUAUGUGGUACGUACCUGUGGGCAUCAUGUUCCUGGUUGGAAGCAAGAUUGUGGAAAUGAAGGACAUCAUCGUGCUGGUGACCAGCCUGGGGAAAUAUAUCUUCACAUCUAUAUUGGGCCAUUUUAUUCACGGAGGAAUUGUUCUGCCACUUAUUUAUUUUGUCUUCACGAGAAAAAACCCGUUCAGGUUCCUCCUGGGCCUCCUCACACCAUUUGCAACAGCAUUUGCCACCUGCUCCAGCUCUGCAACCCUUCCCUCUAUGAUUAAGUGCAUUGAAGAAAACAAUGGUGUAGACAAGAGGAUCGGCAGGUUCAUCCUCCCCAUCGGGGCCACGGUGAACAUGGACGGCGCAGCCAUCUUCCAGUGUGUGGCCGCAGUGUUCAUUGCCCAGCUCAACAAUGUGGAGCUGAAAGCAGGCCAGAUUUUCACCAUUCUAGUGACAGCCACAGCGUCCAGUGUUGGAGCAGCAGGCGUGCCAGCUGGAGGGGUCCUCACCAUCGCCAUUAUCCUGGAGGCCAUUGGGCUGCCCACUCAUGACCUCUCUCUGAUCCUGGCUGUGGACUGGAUUGUGGACCGCACCACCACCGUGGUGAACGUGGAGGGCGAUGCCCUGGGUGCAGGCAUCCUCCACCACCUGAAUCAGAAGGCGACGAAGAGAGGCGAGCAGGAGCUGAGUGAGGUCAAAGUGGAGGCCGUCCCCAACUGCAAGUCGGAGGAGGAGACGUCACCCCUGGUGACACACCCAAACCCCACUGGCCUUGCGGCCAGCACCCCCGAGUCCAAGGAGUCAGUUCUGUGAUGGGGCUGGGCUUCCAGCUUGCCUGUGGGGGAUGCCCGCCCCAUCGGUCCGGUCGGCAGACCCGGGCACCGCCUUCACUGACUUCUAGCCUCCCGUGCAAUGCUUUGGCCCAGUCACUGGUUUGAGGAUUACUUCUCAGCACAGGCAUUGGGCUUCCCAGCGGGACCUGGUUCCCAAGGACCAGGACACUCUGCCAUUUGGCUUACCAUGUCUAGGUGCAACUGUGUACACCCCAGCUCUGUUUGGAAACACACCCUCGAGCUGCCGGGCAGGGGGAGUAACAGGCUCACAGGACCUGGUGGUUAAAGCUUGGAAAAUGCACAUGUUACUUCAUUGCACCCAGGAAAGCUCAGCCUUGGGUGCUUUCUGGGCAGACCUGGACGGGUGGCAGCCAUCUGUCGCAUUGCCUCGUGAGCCAUAGUAAUUGGAGGAAUUCCCAAAUUCAUAGCCGUGGCUGGAAUUCACUGAGCUGGGCCUCAGGUGUUGAGAGUCUACACAUCGGCCUGACUGGCUUCUGGGUCACUAGGCUGGAGGCGCUGCAUGUCGUCGAGUUAGAAAUACUCCAUGGUGUUAACACUGCUAGGGUCUCUGGUCAGUGGCACUAAGUAAACAAUUACAUUCUGAAGUCAAAGAAAGGAGGGGGAGUGCAGCCUGAUCAGGCCAGGAUACACACACACACACACACACACACACACACACACACACCCACACACACACACACCCACAC